AUGGCAACACAACAUGAUUUCGCAGCAGCUAAGUACCAUGCCUCAGUUGCUGUCUACUGUGGGAGUGUUCCCAGAUUCAAACCCCGAUACACAGCUCUGCGAGGCGGAAGCAUUGAUUCGAACUUUCAGUUUUGUGGCAGCAGCUGGACCACUGAAGGAGAAGUAGCCAAAUCACUGCUACUGCCAGCCAGGCCAGGGCCUGUGGCCAAACUGGCCAUAAAUCAGGCAUGGGUCAGCAGGGAUAUUGUGCAUGACCUCAACACUGGGGAUGGAGGUGGUCUCUCCCACAUUUCUCACCACAUCUUGACCUGGGACCAAGAAAGGGUGAGCAGCGCUGCCCUGCCAGCCAUCUGGAUCAAGGACAAGCUGAAGAUGAGGAGCAUGUCUGAGGGUCUGUUAGCCUCACAGAGAGGCCUGACUGAGUGCAGUGACCUGCAGGGGGUUGCCCUGAAGCCAGCAGUUUGCAGGUCAGCUUCCCAGAGGCUCCUGGCAACCUCCAAGCCCAUGCCUCCCAUCCAGAACUGCCUUCCCUUCUCAGAGCCCAGCAGGAUGAACAACGGAGAGCAGAAGCAUGGGGAAAACAGCACAGGCUGUGAUGACAGUGAUGGGAAUAACAAGGAGCUGAUGUCAGAGGGAAAAGGAUAUAAAGCUUCCCUGCUGCCCUUGGAUUGCAGUAUUGAGGACUGGAAGAAGUCACUGGGAAUGGUUUUGAUGCCCCCUAUCCCUAUCCCCAAGGCAGCAAGAUCACCUGAUUUGCCUCCAUACAGUACUUCAGUACCUCUCCGAAGCUCUCGGUACUUGCUUUUCCAAGAUGCCCUGAACAGGAGGCCAAGAAAAGACAGCAGCAGUAAAAACAUGGUUGAAUAUGAAGAGCUCUGGACUCUGGACCCCAUCUUGCCUGUCCAGGAUCACGCUGUUGCUGAUGUGAAGUCUGCCAGACACUUCCCACGCAUCCAGGCCAAGGAGACGAAUCAUCUCAUAAGCCCUUACCUUCCGAAUGAUUCUUACUCGGAGAACAGAUGUGGAAGGAUCCAUGCCGUCUUGUCCAAGUUAGCUCAGAAGAAAAUGCUUAAGAAGCAAAUGAGAGAGAUGGAGCUUUUGUGCAGAGAGAGGGAGAACAAGAAGGAAGAUGAAAAGCCCUUGCGUCUCCCUGCACUGAGCGUUAACCCUGGGAAUGCAGCCGAAGAAAGUUUUGGCCAACUGCCUGUCAACAGGACAGUUUCCAUUCCCUCCAACAUGAGCAAUGUACAAAGACAAUGCGCUGGUACCCCGCACGAGAAGACGAUCAACAAACCCUCACUGUUCAGCGUCCCUGUCAUCAGCCAAGGUGGCAGCUUCCCAUGCAACUACUCAGUGAACACUCUGCCGGCCAAUGCCCCGCACUGCCCGAAGGGGGAAGAGGACCCAGAAUAUGAAGAUACCCAGGAAGCCAGACCGUUCCUUCACCCACAAGAGGCAUUGCUCAACACGCUAGAACGGCUCAGCAGUGACGACUGGCAGCAGAAGAUGAAGGGACUCCUCAACGUCAGAUGCCUGGCUGUCUAUCACUCAGAUGUCCUUCUUCCUAGACUUCAUGAUGUUUCUUUGGCAGUUAUCAAAGAGGCGUCCAACCUCCGCUCGACGGUGUCUCGCUUUGCAGUCAGCAUUCUUGGAAACCUCUUCAGCACCAUGAAGAAGCGCAUGGACCGUGAGGUGGAUGGGAUCACCCGGGUCUUGCUCCAGAGGACGGGGGACAGGAGCGAGUUCAUUCAGAAAAUAGCCAAUCAAUCCCUGAGGAUCAUGGUGGAGAAUGUGACUCCUGCACGAGCAAUGACUGCUCUCAUGACCAAUGGAGUCCAGCACCGCAACAUCCUGGUACGAAAAUAUGCAGCCGAACACCUACUGACCGUGAUAGAGCAAAUCGGAGCCGAGAAACUCCUGUCAGGCAUGCGUGACAGUACCGCCCUGCUGGUGCCCAUGCUGGUGAAGCUUGCUCAGGACCGUCAUCAGGACACAAGGUGUUGUGGACGGAAGAUGCUGAAUAUAUUGAUGAGUCAUGAAAAAUUUGUUAGGUAUUUGAAAAAGUUUGUCCCCUCACAUGACUUGCAAGAUGUUAUGGCAAUAAUUAAGCAGAAAGGGGUAGACCUCCAUAAAAGUGAAUCUCCACCUGCCAAGGUCACCAAGAAGUCUAGGAAGAACAUCUCGAGGAUGCCUCAGGGCAACUUGCCUUCUGUUGGAUGUUUGAGGUAUGGCUCUGAUGUACAGUCUGCCUGGCCUCAUCGGACAGUUCGUUGCACCCCAUCUUGGACUGUGGAAGAAACUCAACAGGUUAAUAGGAUCUGCAGUUUCCUAAAAGCCAAGGAGUUUCAGACACGAAUGAAGGGACUGAUGCUCCUCCUCGAUAACUGCAAAAGCAAACCCCAGCUCAUCUCCACUAACAUUGUCCGGAUUUGUGAUGAUUUUAUCCCAAAACUUCAAGAUUGCAACAGGAAAGUGAACCAGCAGGCACUGGAGGUGCUGGUUUUGAUGACAUCCAUGCUCAAAAGUGCCUUACACCCAGUGCUGUUCUCUCUGGUACCAGCUGUCCUUGAAAACCUGAACUCAAAGCACUUGGGGAUUUCUACUGCAGCUGUGAAGGUGCUGGAAGCAUUCACUGCUCACCUGGAUGACACCUUGCUGCUGCAAGCGCUUGCCUCACGCGUGCAAUUCCUCAGCGGCCAAGCCUUGCUGGAAGUCACAGAACGUCUCUCAGUGCUUGUGGCAUCUGUUUAUCCCCGGAGACCCCAAGCUGUCAAGCACUACGCCCUGCCUGUGCUCUGGUUCCUCCUGGGAAAGAAUGUCCUGCCUAUCGGAAGCGGCAACAUCAAGGCUGUGAUCACCAAGCUUGCAAAGAGCCUCUACGACAUGAUGGGCCCCGAGCUGAAGAACCAUGCCACCAGCCAGCCUCUAGAUGUGGCAACAAACUUCUUUGGCAUUUUGAACCUAAAUGUCAGGUGA